AUGUCGCCGCUCUUAGUCGUGAUACUUGUGCUCCUCGUGACGUAUAAACUAUACAGAUUUGCUUACAAUAAACCGCCUAAUACACCUCCAGGUAUUAUCAGAAUUCCAAUAGGAGGAUCUUACUGGAUGUUAUUGUGGGGAAAUUAUAAAUUUCCACACUUAACUAUUGACUAUUACGUGAAGAAACUGAAGUCAAAGGUUAUCAGCUGCUACAUGGGUGAUUAUUUUACAGUAAUAGUUAACGAUUACGACAGCAUAAAAGAAGUACUCACAAGAGAUGAAUUUAGUGCGCGAAUUACAAAUGCGGAAUUUAUAAUGGAUCGAGCUUUCGGAAAGGAAUUAGGUAUAUUUUUCAUCGACGGCGAAAAAUGGCAAGAACAAAGAAGAUUCGCUCUUCGCCACAUGCGCGAUUUUGGAUUCGGUCGACGCCAGGAGAAGCUCGAGAGCGAGAUUAUGGACGAGAUGUCCCUAUUCCUCGAAAUACUCAAGAGCGGACCCGCUUACGAUGGAGAGAAGGAAAUUCUAAAGGGUAACUUGGCGCUCUUCCCGGACAUUCUGUACGCACCGGCGGGUAACAACAUAUGGAAUAUUAUGUUUGGUCACAGAUUUAACAGAAGCGAGCACGAUGUCCCGCGACGUCUCUGUCGUGCGGCUGUAAUGCUGCAAAGAGCAAACGACACGACCGGCGGGGCGAUUUUUCAGCGACCAUUCUUGAAACACUUUGGUAAUAUGUUUGGCUACAAAAACCACAUGAAGGCAAGCAACAUAUUGACAGACAUUAUCAGGAAAUAUAUAGAGUACCAAAAACCUACGCUCACCGAGACUGACGACCGGGGAUUUGUCGAUAGAUAUCUAAAGAAAUUGAAGGAGGAGAAUAAGUUAGAUAGUUUCACGGAGGAACAAUUAAUCAUUUUGUUAAUUGAUAUGAUGUUUCCCGCUUUCUCUGCGGUACCAAGCACUAUUACACAUGUUAUCAAGUACUUGAUGCACCAUCCCAGAGUUAUGGACAAAUUACAAAAUGAGAUAGAUAAUGUUGUCGGGACUGGACGACUGGUCACGUGGGAAGAUAGAAAACAUUUGCCCUAUGUGGAGGCGACAAUACGAGAAACAAUGAGACUUGAAACAGCCACACCUCUUAGCGUAAUUCACAGGUGUAAGCAAAAAACCACAUUAGGAGGCUACGAGAUACCGGCGAACACACCAGUUUACACUAACUUGGCGGCGAUGCAUCAUGAUCCCGACUUAUGGGACGAGCCUGAAAUUUUCAGACCGGAAAGAUUUCUGAAGGUCGACGGUCAAUUAGGCAAAGAUAUUUCACUCCCCUUUGGUGCCGGUCAUCGGCUGUGCGCAGGAGAAACUUUUGCCAGAUUCACCUUGUUCGGGACAUUGGCUCUUCUGUUACAGAAUUUUAACUUCUUCUUCGUUGAGGGUGAGCCGUCAAGCCUUCAAGAUAAGCUGCCGGGCUUGAUCGUCACUCCCAAAGAGCUGUGGAUACGCUUAGAAUUGCGUUAAUAUUCGUUAUUUUCUCGAUAAUAAGCAAUCUCAAAUAAGUAUAAGUAAAAUAGGCACAUCACGUCCUGUCCUUUUGUGUCAAUUAGUGCGCAAAUUAGAAGUUAUUACAUAACACCAAUACGGAAAACAUGUAUAUCAUGCAUUUGAUAACAGACAAAAUUUCUUUGAUAAAAAUAUAAUGACAUGUUUCUUGGUAAA